GGUAGGGAGCGGGGGGUCGCGAGCAUCGCUGGGCGGUCUCUCCCCCGCUCUUCAGGCCGGGCCCCGGCUCUGUCCCCGCUCCCUCCUCUCCCCAGCCCCGGUAGGGUACCCGGAAGGUCCAAGCCGCUGCCGGGUACCCCAAGGGCCAUCGUGGCCGCCGCCACGGGUCCUGAUGGAGCCGCCGAACCUCUACCCGGUGAAGCUCUACGUGUACGACCUGUCCAAGGGCCUGGCCCGGCGGCUCAGCCCCAUCAUGCUGGGGAAACAACUGGAAGGCAUCUGGCACACCUCCAUAGUUGUGCACAAGGAUGAGUUCUUCUUCGGCAGUGGUGGUAUUUCCAGCUGUCCCCCGGGAGGGACAUUGCUUGGGCCCCCAGACUCUGUGGUUGAUGUGGGAAGCACAGAAGUCACAGAGGAAAUCUUUCUGGAAUACCUGUCUUCUCUGGGGGAAUCUCUGUUCCGAGGUGAGGCUUACAACCUCUUUGAACACAACUGUAACACGUUCAGCAACGAAGUGGCACAGUUCCUGACUGGGCGGAAGAUUCCUUCUUACAUCACCGACCUGCCCUCUGAAGUUCUCUCAACGCCGUUUGGACAGGCACUUCGGCCCCUCCUGGACUCCAUCCAGAUCCAGCCUCCCGGAGGGAACUCUGUAGGCAGACCCAACGGCCAAAGCUAACAGGACUGCUCAGGACCGCCCACCUCUCCAGGGCUUUUCCUUUUUAAACAAAACAAACCCUACCAGAUUUCUAUUUUAUAAUUUUACAUCAGAGCUAACAACCAGGGGAUGGUUUUUUUAAAUUUCCCAGGGAAGGAGAUCACCAGGCUGCAUGCAGGACAUUGCUCCUGAGAGGCAGAACAAAACGCCAUCCCUUCUAAUAGUAUUAUAAUAAUUUAUUAAGGCUGUCUUGUCUGUGAGUUCACUUUUGACGCUAUUUCCUAAGCGUCUUCUACAUUGGAGAAAGGGAGAGCGUUUGUUUAGACAGAAAGCAGGAGGCAGUUUGGGAGAAUCCUGGUCUGGACCCUCUUUCCAGAGAAUGCCCACAUUCCACCCAGGUUUCCACACCUGUGAGAGCCAGGUGAGUUUUAUAAAAUCCACGAGCCUGAAGCGGUUACUGUCCGGCAUUAAAUGAACCAAAGGAUUUGAUGCAUGUAGGACCAAUUGUAGGAUAACUAACUCAACACAAGUGAACUCUUAACUACAACUCUGACCUUCCCUUUCCCAAGCAAAGCCUGCUAUGGGGCCAGAGCUGGAGCAGCCAGAGCCUCAGGAUCAAAGGAGAUUGACAGCAAGGAUCAGGCUAGAGAAAACAGGAUAAAGCCAUUUCUCCUCUUGGCUAGACCGAGUGCCAGUCCUCCACCAUCAUUUUUGGAGCGCCUGCCUCUCUACCUGCCCACAAGCCACUCUUCCUCAGCGUAGCUGACCUGGCACUGUUACUGUAAGGUCUGAGUUGAAGCAGCAGAGACCCAGGCUUUCUGUCUGCAAACAAUUAUGUUGUUAAUCUGUGUGUCACUAGGAUCAGCCACCCAAACUCAUAUGAGGGGUUCAUCUAGGGACUGAGGCGAGGGGGCGUGAUUGUCCUCUCUAGGAACAAAUUUGAUUCAGAAAGUAAUGGUGCAGAAUCAAGGUGGCAAGAAAAGUCAAAGUUGCCUCCCAUAGAGUUUCCUAAACGUGUUUUAAACAUGCCCUUAUUUCCAUUGUCAUUCUGGCUUGAAGGAAACAUGGUUGGGGUGUGAGUGGGUGUUUUCCUAAUGAUGUGAUUCUUGGAGUUCAUAGAACAGUCUGGAAGUCUAUGAUCCAGAGAGGCUUUCAGAUUCCCUUUCUUCACUCGAGCCUUCGACUUGCUGGUUUGGGGGAUUGAGUGUGGAGAAAGGGACCCAGAGCAGCUCCGUGAAACCUGGGCUGCCCUGCCAGGUGUCCCACCACUUCUAAUCUGAAACUUGAGCUCAGUUGCUCUCCUGGGACAGGGCCUUUCCUCCAUGAAAAGCUGCUGCUGGGCCAUGCUUGCCCAUCGCCUCCUGUCUUUGCUGAUAGCCAUAGCAGUUGGCAUCAUCAGGACCUCUGCAAGAGGAAAAGAUGUCAUUCUGCCUUAGUGUUUGCCCUGACCUGACCAGGGCCAAGUCCAACCGGAAUGUCAGGUGACAUCCAAAUAAGUGAGCAGUCCAGUUCUGAAGACCACGGGUUUGCAAGCCUGCAUGGCAACAGUAAAUUAGAGUGGAGACCAGCGGGGACUGUUUAGUAUGGGUCUCCUGGCAGGAUGGGACCCUCAAGAGUGGGUGUCCAAGGCUGGGCUUCCGGGAAGCUGCAGGCUGAUGGAAGUUAUCACUCUUGCCUGAGAGCCCGUCUUUUUCCAGCUUGCCAAGCCCCUGUCACCAGAAGCCGAGACCAGGACACCCCACCCUCACCUUUCUCCCAGUAUCUCAGGAGCAACAUUGCUAAUUGUGACCAGCUAACGUCACAUGGGCAUGUACAGGCAAGCUGUGUGGGAAAUGAAUCAUGUUCGUGUCACACAGUGGACUUCUUGAGGUCUGUCUAAAGGGACGGGAGUGGAUGUGUGAGAUUGUCAUCCUCUCCCAGAAGAAAUAAAGCUUGUACCUUUGAGAUUCCUUCAUGACUUCCUUGAAGUCAGACUAAUAAUUAUGUCUAGUAAGGAGUUGUUUGCCAGUUUUCAUUGGUGUUUUUUCUAAUGCAAUAAACUCAUUUCUGCCUGCU